AUUUUAGGAUACUUCAAAAGAAAAAAACUUUUGACAAUAUCUUAUUGUAUAUUGAUGUUAUCAGUUCAUUAAAUAGAAGAAGUAUUUAUAUAUUUGGAAUCUACAACAAAAUUUCUAGUAAAUAUAUACCCAGUGAAAAUUUAUUGAAAAACCAACUAAGUACAAUAUAUACAUAUUUCGAUUGUUACAUGGAAUGAAUGUUUAUUUCACAGUACAUUAUGGAUUUACAUCUUAUAUCCGGUUAGUAAUAUAAUGAAAUAUUCGAUUAUUAAUAAUAGCUACUUAUAAUAUUCAAAAUUGAUGUAAACUAUUCAUUCAACCUAUACACCCCUUUGUUGUUGUUGGUGUGCAUAACACUCGUUAGAUAUUAAAAUACUACAUAUGUAGAAUUAGUUCCUUGAAAAAACACUUAUAAAAGAGUCAUAGACAGAUGUAUUUAAUAUUGGUAUACAACUAUUAUAGUUAUUCAUUAUUAAGUUGUGAUAAAAUGAAGAGAUUAUUCCAAAAUUUGUUAUUAUGCAUAUUAUACUGUAUGUAUUCAAAUUUCUGUUAUGCUGAUUCACAUGGUGAAAAAUUGAGUAAAUCUGAGUUUGAUAUAUGUGUUCAAGAAUGUGGUAAUCAAUAUGAAGAAUGUUCUAAAGCAAUACGUGAAUUAUGGAGAAAUUUUCAAAAAAAUAAAAAACAAAUUAUGAAAGUUAUGAAUAGUUGUUGUUUACGUGGUCAAGGUGAUCAUUCACAACCAUCAACAUUAAGUUUUGCUACAUGUGUACGUGAUAGAUGUGGUGCAGAAUUAUGGGGAUGUAACAUUAAGAAACGUCAUAGUGGUUUUCUAACUGAACAAGAAAUUGAAUAUAUCAAACAAAAAGAAUCCCGCCAAAAAAAGAAAAAUUUCACAGUAAAGUAAAAGAAUUCUCAAAUAGAAAAAAAGCAAUAUAUAAUGACUUUCAGUUAAUAAACACAUUCUAAUUGUAACUGUAAUAUUUCUAUUUUUCAAUUACAAUAUUAUUUGAUGCAUAAAUUCACAGAAAAUAUGUAUUUACUUUUUCAUUAAAUGAAAAUAGAAAACUGUUAUCAUUUCUAUUUUUUACUAACCGUUAAUGUCGCCUAUUUUCUUGUUAGUUACAUGUAAGUGUUUCGUCACGAAAGCCUUGUGAAUAACCCAUUUCAAUAAACAUAUUAUGUAUGAACAGAAACUAGAAGAAUUAGAGUCAACAAUCCAAGUCUUUUUUUCAUAAGAAAUUUAUAACAUCUUUAUCUCUGCCUUGGACUUAAUAAAUGAUUUUAUUUCUAUUUUUACGGCAAGAAUAUAAUUUAUAGACGAACGAAUCAGAUUUAGGAUAACAGGUCUUGGAUUUUGGCGCGAAAUUCAUUCACUCAUUCGUCUGAAUAGUGUCUUGGCAUUUUAGUUGAUGUCAGUUCGUGAUAAAAACCAUAAACAUAAUUCUUAACUUUAAUCAUCAACUGUAAAUCAUUGUCUCUAUUCUACUAACUGUUUUAAAACCUUCAUUUAGCCCUAUUAAGUAGGUAGACACUCUCAACGUCACUUUGGCGUCACUCAAAGGUCGUCUAUAAAUUAUAGUCUCAUCGAAUUUUCUAGCGCAAUGUAAAAUGUUGAAUAUAUAACUUUAUCUCAAUUAUCAGAUAAUACUAUCUAUACAUAUGUC